UGGAUGUGGGCCGCGGCUCAAACAGCCGCCGUGCGCGAGCUAGAUCCGGCAUCGUCUGCAGCGGGUAGCACUAGUGUGUGUGAUGCAGCCACGCAGUGGACGCACCCGACAAUGCUUAGUCUUGUGCCCUUGUUGAAGUUAAAGGGAAUGUUCAAGGCGAAAGGAGGUAGGAGCAGAUCGGGUACAGAUCAUGAUAUGGAUGACUUGGAAAUGCAAGUGGUUAGAUAUAAGCCUGAGGGGUUGGAUGCACUUUGUAAGACGACCCGAUUCAGUCGAAAGGAGCUUCAGAUGAUGUACAGAGGAUUUAAACAGGAAUGCCCCACGGGCAUGGUGAAUGAAGACACGUUCAAGGAUAUCUACGCACAGUUCUUUCCACAAGGCGAUGCCAGUCAAUAUGCUCACUACGUGUUCCAACUGUUUGACCAGAAUCGCAAUGGACAUAUAAGUUUUGAGGACUUCGUCCUCGGACUGUCGGUCCUCGCGCGCGGAACCGUCACCGAGAAACUCAACUGGGCUUUCAACCUGUACGACAUCAACCACGAUGGCUACAUCACCAAGGACGAGAUGCUGGACAUCGUGUCGUCGAUCUACGAUAUGCUCGGCGCCUACACGGAGCCGAUGGUGGAGGAGAACACGGCCCACGAUCACGUCGAGGCCGUCUUUGAGAAGAUGGAUCUGAACAAAGAUGGCGUCAUAACGCUAGAUGAAUUCAUGGAAUGUUGUCUAAAGGAUGAUGCGAUUAUUAGGGGCUUGGCUGUACUAGACACCGUGUUGUGAUGUCCUCAGCAGACGGUUCGCGCAGCGCCAUCUGUGGGAUAAAACGACGAAAUAAGCCUUCCUGUUCAUCGAUCGGAUGUCUGCCUGAUUGUCGACAGUGCACUCGGCUGCCACAGUUGGUAGACAUCGGCACGACUCUGGAUAUUACGGACAUGAGAGCUUAAAUAUGAAGACUGCAACAGUAGAAUGUGUGCGAUACGCAAUUCGCGUGCACCGCGCAGACGACAGUCUUCGUCUCUCUCGCGGUAUCACGCGGAGGCGGUCACGUGUCAGGAGCAUCGUAUUUCACGUGAUUAGUCGACUUUCCGCUGAAGAACAUGAAUAUACUCACAAUGAAAUACAUGCCCGAGUGACACGUACGCGUCAUCCGCCGAAAUGUGAAAUGACGUCACUGUCGUGCGCGCUGUUCGCGUGCACGCUCUACCCCCAGUGCGUAUGACGUCAUAGAGACAGUCGUUUCGGUCGAACCGCGCAUGCGUGCGAACGCCGGAUAUUCGAGAAGCGGCGAGCGACGGCGGAAGGACGCAUCUGGAGGUGUGCCGAACAUGUGCCGCACGGCAGGAGAAACGAAACAUCGACGGACCGGCUAAAGACGCAGAAGCCACGAGGAGGGCGGACGGAUGGCGGAUUUACGGAUGGAAGGUCUUCGGUGUGUGUGAAGCCCCAUCACGCCUCCUCGCGCGCACUGUCGCGGCGGUCGCGGCGGUCGCGGCGGUCGCGGUUUGCGUGUAAUACGCGUG